CAUUAUGUUGCUUGAUUGUCAAAUAAUCUCCAGAAAAAUCAUUAAACCAUCAUCCCCAACCCCUCAACACUCGCAAAGUUUGCGACUCUCUUUGCUUGACCAAUCUGCACCCCAAAUCUACACUCACAUAAUUCUCUUCUACUCCUUCAAUACUACAACUCAUCCACUUGAUCAGAUACCCCUCAAACUUCAAAACUCGCUGUCACAAAUCUUAACACACUUCUAUCCGUUAGCCGGAAAAAUCAAGCAAUCUCCCUCCAACACUCUCUAUGUGGACUGCAACGACGAAGGAGUCGAAUUCGUAGAAGCUAGAACAGAGUCUGACUUAGACUCAUUUCUCCUCGACCCUCCAAUCGGCGAACUCAACAAUCUCCUGCCCAUCAAAGUAACUGAAUUCAGAUGGGUAGAUGACCCUCUUCUAGCAAUUCAACUCAACAUAUUCAGAGGCAAAGGCCUUGCAAUUGCCAUCUCCAUGUCUCAUCUUAUAGCUGAUGGCAUAUCCAUCGCCUUGUUCCUCAAAUUAUGGGCUGAUGUAACUCGAGGAAUCAACCUGAACAUCUCUGAAACCCCGAAAUUUGAUGCAUUUGAAGUCUUUCCGCCACAAAGUAGAUUUAUAAACCGACCAUUGCCAGAAUACACUACUAAACACGAUAACGUGGUUAUCAAGAGAUUUGUCAUGUCAUCACAAGCUAUACAGAAGCUGAGAAAAGGCGAUCAUGACCAAACGCAGGAACCAACGAGAGUAGAGGCCGUGUCAGAGUUGAUCAUGAGGUGUCUCAAGCGAAUGCGGAUGGAUGCAAAUUGUAUGAUGAUAACAGUGAAUCUCAGAAAAAAGAUGGCGUCGUCGAAAUUAUCUGAUAAUUCUUUCGGGAAUUUGUGGAUAAAUGUUGAUGCCUCUGGACAGGAGAGAGUAAGGAGUGCAGUGAGGAGGGUAGAUGAAGGAUAUGUGAGGAGAAGGGAGAGGUCAGGAUGGGUGAGUGAGGGUGCGCAGAUAGUGGUUGGAUUUAGCAGUUGGUGUAGGAUAGGGUUCUAUAGGAGUGAUUUUGGGUAGGGGGAGCCAAUUUGGUUGGGGUGUGGGAUUAGAGACAUGAAGGAUGUUUGCAUAUUGAUGGAUGCAAAGGAUGGGGAGGGGGUUGAGGUUUGGUUGUGGUUGGAGAGGCGGGAAAUGGAGAUGGUUGAGAGAGAUGAGGAGUUGAUUCGGUUUGUUUCUGUUGAGGGAGAAAUUUUUUGAUUCAAUUUGGCAUGUGUUUGGAGUUGAUUCAGUUUGUUUCUG